AUGUCAUCUCACACUGUCCUUCGUCUCACUGCUCGUGACUCCUGGAAGAGUAUCCAGCAGUUUGAAGAGCCUCGCCCAAUCGUUGGCAAGCACGAAGUCCUUAUCAAAGUCCGGAGCGUUGCCCUCAACUUCAGGGACAUCGCCAUAUCGACUAGCACGUACCCAUUUCCUCUGAAGGACCAGGUGGUUCCAGGAUCCGACGCUGCCGGCGAUGUUAUUGAAGUUGGCGAAGGAGUCGUCGCGUUUGCACCCGGGGAUAAAGUCGUGGCUGCCUUCGAUGCAAUCACGCUGUACGGACCGAUCAAGUCUUGGAACGGUGGAUUGGGUGGUCCAAUGGAUGGUGUCCUGAGAGAGUACAUUACUCUUCCGGCACAAAGCGUGGUGAAAAUCCCGCAGUCGUCUUCUCUCAGCUAUGCUCAGUGGGCUAGUGUUGUCUGCACGGGUGUGACUGCUUGGAAUUCUCUCUUUGGGGAUCUCCCUCUGAAGCUAGGCCAGACUGUUCUUUUCCAGGGUACUGGUGGAGUGUCCAUCACUGGACUUGUGUUAGCCAAAGCAGCGGGUGCGAGAACCAUCAUCACAUCCUCUUCCGAUGACAAGCUGCGCUACGUCAAGGAGAAAUAUCACGCCGAUCACAUUAUCAACUACAAAAAGACUCCCGACUGGGCAAGCGAAGUUCGAAAGAUUACCGACGGUCGUGGUGUCGAUUUCAUUCUCGAGAAUGGCGGCUCCGGCACGAUCCAGCAGUCGCUCAGUGCCAUCGCGUAUGGUGGAAACAUUGCUGUGAUUGGAUUCCUGUCCGUCGCGCCGCAAGGGGAGAUGCCUGAUGUCGCUGGCCUGGCACUGGGCAAGGGAGCUAACAUUCGCGGUAUCAUGAUUGGGUCCAAGGAGAUGCUGGAAGACGCGGUUCGUUUCAUCGGCAACCAUAAUCUGCAAAUUCCAGUCGAGAAGACUUUCAAUUUCAGCCGUGAUGAGGUGGUUGAUGCUUUUGAUUACAUGACUGGGGGUCAGCACAUCGGAAAAUCUGCAUCAACUUUUAGCUGCAGACUUCAAGACUGCCAACUCCAACUGCCGUGGGGAUCAUCG